AAAGGUGAUUAAUCGAUUUAGGUUUUAUCGCAUUAUCUUAUCUUUACCUUAUGUUAGUGCGAGAAAUAGCGCCGAAAUAAGUAAGUCGGAGAAAAUUUCUUCCUAGUGCAAAAAUGGGAGCUUUAACUUCAAAACAAGGAACUCUAAUAGUCCAAAAACCAAGACGAAGAAAAUCACUAUUAAGUUUCAAACGUUCUUCUGUGAAGAAAUUGGACUUGGCUUUCUUGGGCGAAGAUCGAAAAGAAAAAGCUUUAACUGAAGAAAGUAUAAACAAUUCAUCUGAUCCCGUUGAUGAAGAAAAUGAAGAAGAAAUAAAAAAGUUGAGUUAUAUUGAAGCUAAUUUGGAAGAAGUGAAAGUGUCUGUAACCGACGCGAGUCAAGACUUGGACAAAUUAAAUAAAAUAAGUGAAAAAAUUGAAGAAUUGAUUAAAGAAUUGCACAAGAUAGACAUCAAAAAUGCCGAAAAUGAACAACGAAAAAAUGCUUUAGAGAAAGAGUUUUUCCGCACGUUUCAAAGAUUAAUUAAAAGUAAGAAACUCUUGAUCAAGGCUAAUAAUCCUGACCACUGUUGGAAAGCAAUGGACGAGCUAGAGAAUUCAAUAAAUGAACAUUAUGAAAAUUUGAACGAAAAAAAUUGUGACGACUUGACCAAACAUUUGAAAAUUAUGAUAAAAAAAUUGCAGUCGAUUGAUAAUGUUAAUGAUCAAAUUAUCGAGAGGAAAGCUUCCAUUUCUGAUGCGAUGGUAAAGCUUGAGAAGAAACAAACUGAAAUAAAAAUGUCCCAAAAAAUGAAAACACUUGAGGGAGAAUUCGAAAAAGUUUUAGCCGGCUUAAAAACCAAUCUUUGUGACAUUUUAGACGUUAGUGAUGAAAUUUCAAACCGAAAACUUUCACUUAAGAAAAAAAUUUACAAGUUAUUGAUUAAAACUGAUUCCUUGCCAGAAAUUGAGAAAAAUAUUGAAAAGUUGAGGUCACAAAUUCGUAAAUUUGCGGAUGUGGAAACGAGUGAUGAAUAUUUUGAGAUGAUGGAGGCUUUGACUGAAAACGGUCUCGCACUGGAAGAACUUAACUGUGACGAUGAAGAGAAGAAAUGUGAAUUAUUAGAUGAAAUAAAUAUUUUACAAGGGGAUUUGGAUAGGACUGUUUCCGAAGUGAACGAAUUGAAAAGUAUUGAAGAAGCUGUUGAAGAAAUCGAUAACACUAAUUACCAGUAUUCGGAAGAGGUGCUCAAGAGACUUAAAAGUGAUUUACUUCGAUUAGAAGUCAGCCAAAAAUUGGCCGUAAUGAAGCAAGAAUGUUGUAAAAAAAUUGAAGAAUGUGAAAGUAGAAUAAAUUUGUGUUUUUAAGUAUUUAAUUUAUCUUUAGAGAAGUUUUAUCAAUAAAGUAAACUCUGUUUUUAUCUUAUCGUUUUAUUUUGCAACCAUAUUUAACAUUUAUACGAACUCUGUGACUGAAAUUUUAUCAAUGCAGUUGCAACAUUGGUCUACUGGCCAAAAUUUUACAACUCAGAUUUUUAACUUAAAAUGGGCCAAAGUAAUGCAACCCUUCGCCUCAAAUCAAUAAAAACCAACGUUUCCGAGAUAACCAAAAAAAUCCGAAAUGACGACCUUUCAACUCAAGAAAUAGACCGUUCACACGAAAUUCUCUUGGACUACGUCAAAGAACUCAAAUACAUCCUAAGCAAAAAUAUGCGAGUUUCAAAAAUCCGAAAAGUCGAGAAGGCCAUAAUUGCCGCCUUGCAAGAUUUGGCCACGUUAGAAGGUACUUUAAAGACUAUAGAACCCCGACUUAAGGCAAAAUCGAUGCAAACUCUCGCCGAUAUUGAAAAAAAUAUCAAAACAAUCGGUGAUAAUUUGGUUAAUCAAAAUUUUGAGUUGGAUAAAAAAGUGAUUAGUAAUUACAAAAAACGGAUGAGUUUUAUCGACGAUGUUGACGACGAAAUAGGAGUCAGAAAGACCGAAUUGUUGGAUGUGAUGUCGUGUGUUGAAAAUGUUCUCAGUGAAAAGGAAAUUGAAGAAGAACUGAAGCAAGCGGAAGAAAAACAUUACCUGACCAGACAUGACUUAAGUGAUAAGAAUUUCUUGACCCAACUCAAAAACGAAGUUGAAGAAAUUACAGAAGUUAGCGAGAAAGUGAAGAAACGGAAAGAGUAUCUCUUGUACAACAUUGACAACAGUAUAUUAGCCCUACAAAAUAAAGACAAACAAGACUCAAGUGCCACCAACUCACAACUAGUAACAGACGUUGUUGAAAGUUACAACAACUUCGAAGAUUUGUUCUCACCUAAUUGCAAUUUGGACGAACUUGAGAGUGUUUUUGACCAACUCUCGGCAAUGAGAAUGAGACUUGACCAAAGACUUAAAGUGUUAGAAAACCAAAUCAAAAUCGAGAAGGAUGUCGAUAAAAUUCCGGUGAAAGAAAGUGAGGUCCAUGGUCCAACAGUCAUUGAAAAAUUAAACAAAAUAAAAGAAACAAUUGAAAACAUUCAGACUCAAAUAUCGCGUUUGUCCUAUAGCGAAAACAGCCACAUUUACAAAAAUUUCCACAAAGUUUUGAAAAAAUACAAGACUGAAGUAAACGAACUAUCGAAUGAUGAGAAUUUAAUAUUGUCAACUAGUGUUUCAAAAUUAAUUGACGAUGUUUUAGUAAUUUUGGAUAAAAAUGUGUCAACAAGAAAUAGCACAAGUGGUGAUGUUUUUGUCGAUAUAAUGUCCAUUGGUGCUAGUGUUGACAAACUACGGGCCCAAAUUCAAAUAAGCAGCAACACGAGAGAAGACCACGAUUUAAUCAGAAACGAUCUUUUGGGACAUUUGCAAUAUUUAAAAAAAUUGGAAAUACCACCUGCAAGAACUAAUGUUUGCCAAUUUAGAGAUUAUCUUAUCAUUCAAAUUGAUAGCUAUUUGUCAUAUUUAGCCAAAAAAUAAAUAAAUUGUGGCACAGUUUAA